CUUUUCAACUAGUUCGCAGACGAGAAUUUGUAUUAAGAAGCGUUCGCUUUGGUAAUUUAUAGAAUUUCGCAAUUAAAUCUUUGCUAAAGCAGUGUAUAUUUGGAUGAAAAGAUUCUUCACGUUUUUAAGAUAUUAUCUGGCGUUGUACCCAAUCUUCCUCAGUGGACAUAAAAGCUGUGCCAUUAUCUAUAUUUAAUAGUGAAGUGUAUAUCUUUGCUGGAUAAAGACAUCGAGGGAAUAGAUUUUAAUGGGCAUAGGGCAUAAAGAUUAAUUUGCAAAAGCAAAAUUAAGGGCCAAGGGCUUUAAGCUUUAAAAGCAUUAAACGUAAGUGAAAAAGAUUGCUGGUUUAUUACCGUGUUGUGGACGCCCGCCGCCCGAUGUCUUCUAGUUCACCAUCAGCUGAGCGAAACUCUUCUGCAGAGCCACUAGCAGCUAAAAAGCGUAAGCUGCUUGCGUCUACCGGCAGUGCUUCGAACGCGAACGCAAACAACCCCACUACGAGCCCCAGUAAUAAAAAGAGUAGAAGCAAUAAUAACACUGACAACGGAGACGACAGCGGUAGCGGUAAUCACGAAAGUGGUGUGAAAGGAAUUGAAGUUGACGUACCGGCGAAGGGAAUCGUGCCAUCUCAUUCGGUUUCGUUAAGUGACGGUAGAAGUGCAGCUGGCUCUGUCGGUGGUAGUGUGACUGGUGGGAAAAGUAGCACCGAUAGCCAUAGCAGUAGCAGUAGUAGAUUGUCGGCAGUGAAGAAAGUAAGAGGUGAAAUCGUUUCUGCAGGUUCUGUUUCUGAUUCGUGUGAACGCGUUGUGACAAAAGUAAAAUCUGUGGAAUCAAAGAUUUCGGUGGAGGUAGAAGACAAAAGUUCGAAAGCGAAUAUUUUGGCAACAACUUCAGCCGCUAACUCCAACGAUAAUAAUUCGAGUUCAGACGGGAAUAAAUCGAAUAAAGUAGUGUUCGGAGGAAACAACCAAAUGGCUGGCGGUAAUGUGACGAGUGAGUCUCGUUCGUGCGGUGCUGCUGACAUCGAUGAAUCGUUAUACUCGCGCCAACUGUAUGUACUGGGUCAUGAUGCAAUGCGUCGAAUGGCCAAUUCAGACAUAUUGUUGUCAGGAAUUGGCGGGCUGGGUCUGGAGAUAGCCAAGAACGUUAUUUUGGGAGGCGUGAAAUCGAUCACGUUACAUGACAAGCAAAACUGCACGAUUCGCGAUUUGACUUCGCAGUUUUAUCUAAGCGAAUCGGAUGUAGGCCGAAAUCGUGCAGCGGCCUCAUGCAAUCAAUUGGCUGAGUUGAACAAUUACGUUCGUACCACUGCAUAUACAGGCGAGUUGGACGAAGAGUUUUUGCGCCAGUUUCGUGUUAUUGUAUUGACGGCAUCUGAUUAUGAUGAGCAGCAUCGCAUCGCAAAAUUUGCGCACGAGAAUGGCAUUGCAUUGAUAUUAGCCGAAACGCGUGGACUUUUUGCAAAAAUCUUUUGUGACUUCGGAGAUAAUUUCACAAUUUAUGAUCAGGAUGGUGCUCAGCCGAUCUCCACCAUGAUAGCAAGCAUUACACGCGAUUCUCAGGGAGUAAUAACUUGUUUGGAUGAGACCCGCCAUGGCUUAAAUGAUGGAGAUUAUGUGACUUUCAGCGAAGUACUGGGAAUGACGGAGUUAAAUGGCUGCGACCCGAUCAAAAUCAGUGUCUUGGGUCCAUAUACUUUUAGCAUUGGUGACACCAGCCAGUUUGGUGAAUAUAUUUCCGGCGGUAUUGCCACACAAGUUAAGAUGCCUAAGGUGGUGACUUUCAAACCGCUUCAGGAAUCAGAAAAAGAACCAGAAUUCUUAGUUUCCGAUUUUGCUAAGUUUGACCAUCCAGCUUCCUUACAUAUUGCGUUUGCUGCUUUACACAAAUAUAUCGAACAGGUCGGCCAGCCGCCUCGUCCCUGGAAUGAGGAAGAUGCUCAGAAAUUUUUGCAAAUAUGCAAGUUGGCAAAUGCGGAUAUAAAUGAUAACAUAGUAUUGUUAUUUGCGAAGACCUGUGCUGGAAAUACUUGCCCAAUAGACGCGGCAAUAGGUGGAUUUGUUGCACAAGAAGUUCUUAAGGCUUGCACAGGCAAGUUCACUCCCAUUUACCAAUGGUUGUACUAUGAUGCCAUUGAAUGUUUGCCCACCGAAGGUGUUGAGGAGGCAGAUGCGCAGCCGGUGGGCUCGCGUUAUGACGCACAGAUAGCAAUUUUCGGAAAGAAUUUCCAGGAGAAAUUAGGCGACGUCAGAUAUUUUAUUGUUGGAGCUGGAGCUAUAGGUUGCGAAUUGCUGAAAAAUUUUGCAAUGAUUGGUGUUGGUGCGCGUAAUGGAGAAAUUGUCAUAACCGACAUGGAUUUGAUUGAAAAAUCUAAUUUGAAUCGUCAAUUUCUGUUUCGACCGCAUGAUGUGCAAAAGCCAAAAGCGAAGACAGCUGCGAACGCCAUUAAGAAAAUGAAUCCCGAUAUCAAGGUCACUGCUUAUGAAUUGCGUGUUGGACCUGAAACAGAAAAAGUGUUUUCUGAAGAAUUCUUCGGCAAAUUGGACGGUGUAGCUAAUGCAUUGGACAAUGUAGACGCCCGUAUUUAUAUGGAUCGUAAAUGCGUUUUCAAUCGUUUGCCUUUGGUGGAAUCAGGUACUCUAGGUACAAUGGGAAAUGUCCAAGUCAUUGUACCAUUUCUAACUGAGUCAUACAGUUCGUCGCAAGAUCCACCAGAAAAGAGUAUUCCGAUUUGUACGUUGAAGAAUUUCCCUAACGCAAUUGAGCAUACAUUGCAGUGGGCUCGCGACAUGUUUGAAGGUGUGUUCACACAAUCGCCAGAAAAUGCUGCACAAUAUCUAUCUGAUGCAAACUUCAUUGAACGCAUCAUAAAACUGCAGAGCAUUCGACCGUUGGAGAUCCUCGAAUCAGUUAAGAAAGCUUUAAUCGAUGAAAGGUCCAGCAACUUCUUGGAUUGCGUUAAAUGGGCUAGAAUUCAUUGGGAAGAGCACUAUGCCAAUCAAAUUAAGCAGUUGCUGUAUAACUUUCCACCAGACCAAGUAACUUCGAGUGGCCAACCCUUUUGGUCCGGCCCGAAGCGUUGCCCUCAGCCCCUGAUAUUCGACAUCAAUAAUGAUCUACAUUUAGAUUAUGUGUAUGCAGCCGCUAAUCUUCGUGCGGAGAUGUACGGAAUCGAACAAGUGCGUGAUAGGCAGCAAGUAGCUGUUAUCGUUAAGGGUAUCAUGGUACCAGAAUUCAAACCCCGAUCAGGUGUAAAGAUUGAAACAAACGAGAGUGCUGCCGCCGCUGCAGCCAACAACUAUGACAGCUCAGACGUGGACCAAGACCGUGUAAACAAGAUUUUAACUGAAUUGCAGGCCCUGCGCGAAAGUAAAAUUCCACUCGUUGUUAAACCUCUGGAGUUCGAAAAAGACGAUGAUAACAAUUUGCAUAUGGACUUCAUAGUUGCCGCGUCUAACCUGCGUGCCACUAAUUACAAGAUUCCCCCAGCUGAUCGCCACAAGUCUAAAUUAAUUGCUGGAAAAAUUAUUCCGGCGAUCGCCACAACCACAUCUCUGGUUUCUGGUUUGGCUGUUCUAGAAGUUAUGAAAUUAAUUUUAGGUCACAGGGAUAUGGAUAAAUUUAAAAAUGCUUUUGCAAAUUUGGCAUUGCCUUUCAUUGCAUUUUCGGAGCCUAUGCCUGCCGCGAAGAACUCGUACUAUGGCAAAGAGUGGACAUUGUGGGAUCGCUUUGAAGUUGCUGGCGAAUUAACGUUACAGGAAUUCCUCGACUAUUUCGACAAAAAAGAGAAACUUCAGAUUACAAUGUUGUCACAGGGCGUAUCGAUGCUUUAUUCGUUCUUCAUGCCGAAAGCUAAAUGUGCGGAGCGGUUGCCCCUCCCAAUGACUGAAGUUGUGCGACGUGUCUCAAAGAAACGCAUCGAAUCACAUGAACGUUCUUUGGUAUUUGAAAUUUGCUGCAAUGACGAAGAUGGCGAGGAUGUGGAAGUGCCGUAUGUGCGGUAUACUAUACCCUAAAAACGGUUAUUGGUGAUACAACAAAAGUACUGAGUGACCAGUAACCGCUGCCCUUUCAAUUCAAUACAUCUUUGGUUUAUUAUUACUAUUUGAAAUAAUAUAAAACGAAGUAAUAAUAUUAUUAUAGAGAGGAUGUUAUGUUACUGUGUCCUUUCAUUAUAAUUUUUAAAUAUAAUUCUUUCAAUGUGAAAUUGUCCAAAAAUUAAAGUAAUUCAGCAUAUGGUAAAUUAACAAAAGAUCUAACUUAAAAUAACAAAUGAAAAAUAAAUAUUUGUAGCA